AAUAAAAUAAUAAUAUCAACAAAAAAAAGAACUCCCAGAACGUCAAAACUGUUUGUCGUUUCGUUUAGUCCUACCGCUCCCCUCAAAACGCUCCUCCUCUUCUCUUCACUCUGUUCCAAAACCAUGAAAACCCGUUAACCCAAACAAAAGAAUUUCUCUCUUUGUUUCCAAAGAAAGAAAGCCCAAGAAAAAAAAAGAAAAAGAAAAGAAGUUUUUUUUUCUUGAUAGAGUCGAAGAGAUAUUCUUGUAAUGGGUUGUUUUCUUGCAUGUUUUGGUUCUUCCAAAGAUCGUAAGAAUCGAAAACAGAGGCACAAGGUCCAACAUCGAUCGCAAAGAAAUGCUGGUUACAUUGCUCAAUCUACAGUUUCUUUAGAACAGAGCAGCUUGGAAACGCCUAUAAAGCCGGUGGAAGAAGUUCGAGAUGGUAAGGCAGAGGAGCAGCUGGGUUCGGGUUCGGGUUCGGGUUCAAGUACUCGAAAGAAAGUAACUUUUGACACUAAUAUUAAGACCUAUGAACAUGUUUUGGUUGAUGAAAGUAACGAUUUUGAAUUGCAUGAUGAAGAAGAAGGGGGAAAGAAAGGGAAGGUGAAAGAAGAGAAUUUGGCUAAACCGAGGGAGUCACAAGCUUCCUCUGAGUCUAGCUCAACUUCUUACCCUCCUAAUCAUAGGUAUCAGAACUGUAGAGAAAGUGACGAUGAAGAAGAGGACGAAUUCGACUAUGAUGAAGAAAGUGAUUUAGGUGAUGACGAGGAUGAUCUUGAAGAUUAUGUUGGUGUCGAUGACGGAGCUCUCCAAUCAAGUGAUAGGAGCAUUCAUGGCCUUGGAAGGGUCACUGAGGAGGAAGAAUCAAAUCCAAUCGGUUCGAUUCGAGGUGUUCGAGGAGUUGGGGACGGUAAUGUUCUGAAGCCUGUUGAAAAUCUAGCUCAAUGGAAAGCUGUGAAAGCCAAAGGGUCAACACCAUUGAAGCCACAAAAGGAGAAUCUCAGCUUGGAGCAAGAAGAGCCCGGGCUUUCGUCUAGCUUCCGCCGUAGUUCCAAGGAACAUUCGUUCAGUUUCAGUGAAGAAGUAUCAGUUGAUGCCAGUCUUUCCAACUGGUUGUCUUCAAGAGAAGCCACACCGGUCAAAAAGAGUAGCACUUUCAAUUCGUGUACACCCGAGAGAAGCGUCUCAUCAGCAUCGGUUUCGAUGAAGAUGAGCCCUGAAGAUAGGCCUAUUUUGGGUGCAUUAACACUUGAAGAGAUCAACAAGUUUUCAGCAUCAUCUUUAACUAGUAGGAGGUCUCCAAGUAGAAGUCCAACUCCAGAUGAGAUGCCCAUAAUUGGAACUGUUGGAACCUAUUGGAAUCAUGAGAGCACCACCACCAAGGACUCUAACUCAGCUGCUUCUUUCAAAGGAAUACCGAACACUACCAGCAAGUACAGAGAGGAUAAGAAAGUGAAUUGGCAUUCUACACCAUUUGAGAAAAGGUUGGAGAGAGCUUUGAAUAGAGGUUCUGAGGCAUAACUCCAAUGAAAAAAGAUAUACAUGCUAGGCUAGCUUGUCUGUUCUGUGAGUGUUGAUUUUGGGUGUGCAUAAUCUAUAUUUGUAUUUGCUUUAUUUCUUUUUCUUGCUUGUUGUAAUUCAUUCUUUUUUUUACCUUUGUACUUAUUUGGGGAUGAUAUUGGUUUAUUUUAUAUAUUCACACAUAUCUUUGGUGCUGAUUACUGCAUUUUGUUAAAGAA